AUGGAAUGCAUCGAUGAAGCCGCGGAUAUUGUCAAAUCCCCUUUAUGGAUCGCUGCUCAGUGCUUGCAUAUCGUACUCUCUAUGCUCACUUUGGUACUUUCGAUAAAGUUCGUGCUGAUGCUGAAGAAGUCUACACUCUUUAAUUCAUCGACUGUAUAUCUUCUACUGCUAUUCACUGCAUUCGCAAACCUGCAUGCGAUAGUUAUCAUCGGGAUGAAGGUUGUUGAACUGAUCAGAGACACGGUCAUGACGGACGCUUGCGAUCUGACCAGAAAGACGUCAGACUGUAUGAUUCUGACAUAUCUUGUGUUGAGCUGUGUAGUUGGAAUGGUGUUCUGCCAGAAUAUUUUGUGGAUUGAUCGGCUCGUUGCCACAGCAUUUCCAGCAUUACAUAAUCGUUUCUGCCGGGUGUUCGCCAUUAUUCUUUCCUCAAUCACGACGAUCAUUGCUUUUGUACUGCCGUUUCUUCUUCUUCGAAACGAUCCGUACAACGACGUUGUGCUGACUUGUAUGAUACUCCCUUCUGGAAGUGCACCACAGAUCAACCGUCUCUUCUACUCGUUUGUCGGUCUAGGACUGCUAGCACUUGCUGCUCUCGUAUCACUUUAUCUGAUAAAUCAACGGAGGGAGAAAAUGUAA